UUCCUAACAACCAAUUUUACUAGAUUAGUAUUAAAAUCUAUUAAAAAUAGAAUUAAAAAGUAAAAUAAAUAAAUAAAUAAGAAAAACCCUUCCCCUGCGCCUCUCCGUCCUACCUUUUCCUUCCGCCUCCCACUACCCCUCUGGUAUCUCUCUGCUCUCUUUCCCCUGUCUAUCCCUCUCUCUCUGCACUCUAUCUCUCCCUUUCUGAAAGCUUUAGUAGGUAUCUGGGUAAGCUUUUUGUUUUUGUUGGUAAUUAAAACUUGGAGUACCUAUAAUUCUCAUUUUCUUUCUUCGUAUCGAGAGUAAAAUUUCUGAGCUUACUUUUGUUUCUUUCAAUCUUGUAUUGUUCAUGACAAAUCCUAAUUUCAAGGUGCAGAGACGUUCUUUUCUUUCUCUUUAGGGAAACUAAGAGGCCAUUUUGAGUUCAUAUGACACCCAUUAGAGAUGAGUGGAGAUAUAUCCUGCUUAGGAGCUCGAACGGCUAUAAAUUUAUAACAGCUUUGAAGAGUUGUUCAUCAUUUUGGUUUCUGAGAAACUAAAAUAAAAAUUAACCCAAGAGUCGUAUCAGGCUCAGUUGAGUGGAUCCUCAUGUUUUUAAAAAGGUCAUGGAUGAUGGGCAAAUGCAAAACAUUCAGCUUCAAAACUUGAAUCUUUUGAUUAUCAGUUAUAUUAUCCCAAUCUGUCCAGUUUAUUGUUUUACGUGUUUUCUUUCCUUAACAACUAUGCGUAUGAGUUCCUAUUGCUUUUUCCAGGACCUUGGGUGAUGGCUGCAGUCCUACUAGGGAUGCCAGGACCAUGGGCCGAUGAUUAUCGUGAACAAUCUGAUCAUUAUACAACAAAAAUUGGUGGACUACCUGACUGGCCUCUUCCUGAGAAAUCCGUGACACCUGAUCUGCUUGAGUGUAGUGCAUGUGGAAGUAAACUAAGUCUUGUUGCUCAGGUUUAUGCCCCAAUUUCAAGUAAAAACUUAAAGAUUGAAGAGCGUGUUCUUUUUGUUUUUGGUUGUCUAAUGCCAAAAUGUGGGAGCACUCCUCUUAGCUGGCGAGCUCUUCGUGUUCAAAAAUUACACAAUAAGGAGGAACCAAUUGCCGCUUAUCAGGAGGUGGUCCCUUCAACUUCAUCAGUAUCAGCUUUAAACACCAGCUGGUGGGAGGAUUGGGAUGAUGAAGAUAUAGAUCUGGAGGAGUUGGGUAAAGCACUUAAUGCCGCUGCGAGCUUGGCUUCUCAUGCCAAGAAACCGCGUAGGAAGGAUAAUCGUAAGACUUCUACAAUGCAAUCACCUUCAAGUCAGUUGGAAAAAGUGGUAGACAUUAACAAACCUGUGGUGCCUUGUUUUUAUAUAUACACUCAAGAAGAGCCAUCCUCAAAGAAUCUUACUUCUUUAUGUUCAAAAUACUCAUCACUUUCCAUUGCAAAAGAAGGAAAUAAUGACGAGGAUCAUGUACAAGAUGAAACGUGGGCAGAGGAAGCAUAUGAAUAUGAUAAAGCUUUGACUGCUGACAGGACAUACCUUAAGUUCAAGAAACGGUUGGAUGCAUAUCCAGAACAAUGUUUCAGAUAUUCAUAUGGCGGAAAGCCACUCCUGGCUUCAUCAGCUGAAGGAGACCCUGGGAAAUGCAGGCUGUGUGGUGGAUCAAGGCAGUUUGAAAUGCAGCUAAUGCCCCCGGUAUUAUACUUUGUACAAGAAGCAGCUGAUGAUUAUCAAAGACCGUCAUUGGAGAACUGGAAUUGGAUGACACUUAUGGUAUAUACUUGUUCCAAGAGCUGUUCUCAACAUGAUGAAGGAAAGUCCAGCAAGGGGAACUGGCUUGUGACACAGGAAGCUGUUGUGGUGCAAGUAGAGAAAUCUUUCCAUGGGUUAGCCGAACGUGGCUAUUUGUCAUAAUUGGUGCAGUUUCUUCUAGGAAAGAAGGAAAGAACAGUACAUUCUAUAUGCCAGUGAAACAUUGUAGCUCUUCAAAGUUAGUAUACAUAUAACAGGGCGUAAGAGGCUUUGUUUCCUGGUAAUUGAUGAUGGUUUCUCAGUAGAAUUGACACAGUACGAGUUCUGGUUGUGGUAAUGUCUGAAGAAUUUAAAUUGCAUCACCAGUUAUGCUGAAAGGAAAAAUCAUUGUCCAUUGGAAAGGAGGUCUUGAGGCUGUUGUGGUGUAUAUGGUUUGUUGGGAAACAGUUAACCUUUGUCGUUUGAGUGCAUGAUGAUUUUACAGGGUUUAGAUUGAGUUUUGUUGUCACAUUUUUGUGUGCUGAGAGAAUACCUCCUAAUACAAUCUUGGUUAGUCAGGCCAUACCGCGGUUUUGGUUACAAAUACAAUUUAUCUAUUGGAACUUGCAAUCUGUUUGGUGGGCUGGAUUAUAUA